AUCAUUAAUGAUAGUUAUGCCAUUUAUUAGUUAGGCCAGGAGUUUUUUGAGGCAACCUAAUCGCAACAUAUUUUUUAACAUCUUGUUUUGACAUACAUUCACUUUUCAUCCAUUAAACAGAAUAUGUUUGAAGGUAGUUUUAACAGGGAUACUAUCGGGGAAUUUUUAAUUAUGCAUUUUAUACCUAAUUUUUAUUACCACUUGCAUAUAAAAUAUAUCGAGACUCCUUUUGAUUCUACAGGAGAUACUGCCCCUGGCUAUCAUAGGUAUUUAAAAGGCUUAGACUAAGUUAAAAGGUAUUUAACAUUAAAAAGAAAUGUUAAAUAUUAAAACGAGGUUAAGUAUUUGUGUGACUGAUUUAAUCAAAAUAAAAUGACAAUUAGAUAAUGUUUGUCAUUCAUCAAUCUCCUAUUUGUCAUUACAAUCAAUAUUACAGAUGUUGUUUAUUCAAAUAAAUAAACAACAUCUGUGAUAUCUAAUCUACUAUUAGAUCUACUUCCUCUUAUAAUUAAAAUACAACAUGUUGAUACUUACAAUAUGAAUGGUGAAACCAACAAAAAGAAAUACAAAAGACCCAAACACAAAACGUUAGCAACUACCCAUCCUGAGACAUCCAAAGGCGAAAAUUCCAGUAACCCAAAUGAAAUUGAGAAAUCGGAGCCCCAGUGUCCUUUGCUAGCUAAGGAUUCAGAAUGGGUUGAUAUCUUACAGACAACUUCUACCGAUUCGAAAGGCAACAGUGAAGAUGAAGCAAUACUGCAACUUGUAGAAUGUGAAGAGGGAGCUGAAUCAAAACCUCUCGUCUUGAUGUUCCCUGGACUAUUGGAUGAAGAUCCACAAACGAUUGAAGGGAUGCUAAACAAGGCAAUGUCUACAAGCGAAGUUACGAAACAUUUGGUUGGACAAAAGGCCAAUUUUGCAUUUAUGAAAAAAGUCAAUAGGCUAAUUCCAACUGAUAAGGUAAUCCAUUUUUACUUUGAAAAAUGCAUCUAUACCUACUAUUCCUAAUAAACUCGCUAACAUGGUCCUACGAGCCGGAUCACGCGUUCACGAGACAUUUCUUCAGAGCGCACUAAUAAUAAAUCUAGUGAUAAUAUAGAUAAAUAAUAUUAUAAUCUACUUCUAAGUUUAUUAUGCUAAUAACAUAAAUGUGGAUACUUACAGAAAUGGUUGGAAAGUGUAACAGAACGUAGUACUUCGCUUAGUUCAAUUCAAUCUGAAUUUCAAAAUGACAGUAAGUGUCUAAUGAUUAAAACGUCAUCGGUUUGAGUAUCAAAAGAGUACGUACCUACCUUAUCACUUUGCCAAUGAAUGGACCUUGUAUUUACCCGCUGUUAAUAAUGUUAUGCGUUGUU